UCGAGAAGUUUAGCUGAGGCUGAACAACAACUUGAACGGCCCCAAUCCUCCAUCUUCCUCUUCAUUCCUUCCUUUCUUGGUUCUUGCUCUUCUCUCUUUGCUCUCUCGAUCUUGCUCCGUCGGCCCAAGCUGAGAAGUCGUCAAUUCGGUCGCAGUUAGCCCGAUUAUCAGCUUCUUUCCAGGAGGCAAUGCAGAGCCAACUUAUAUGCAGUGGAUGUCGGACCCCUCUUCUUUACCCAAGAGGGGCGGCUAGUGUGUGUUGUGCAAUCUGCAACAUGGUGACAGCAGUACCUUCUUCAGAUAGGGCUCAGAUAAUAUGUGGAGGGUGUCAAAUUUUGUUGAUGUAUGCUCGUGGUGCAUCUACUGUAAGGUGCUCCUGCUGUAACACGAUAAAUGUCGCAAGAGCAGCCAACCAGGUUGCUCAAUUGAGUUGUGGUCAUUGCCGGACAACUCUAAUGUAUCCUUAUGGAGCUCCUUCUGUCAAAUGUGCAGUAUGCCGCUAUAUCACCAAUGUCGGGAUGAGUACUAUUAGACCUCCCACUCCCUUGCCUCCCUCAACCACAUCAGUCACAGCUUCAGCUGCUCGCAAGCAGAGUAACAGUGUGACGGUUGUUGUUGAGAACCCAAUGUCAGUGGAUGAAAAUGGCAAAUUGGUGAGUAAUGUUGUUGUAGGAGUUGCCACUUGUAAGAAAUGAUGUUUGCAGAGCUGCCAAAUGAAUCUGCUGUAAGUUGCAACUUCAUUAGUAUUGGUGAAUGUAAUGCAAUUACGUUUUGUCUGGAAUGGAUAGUGUAUAGUGAAAGUGAAGAUUAUGAGAAUUUGUUGCUCAUUUACAUGGAAAAAAAAAAGGAACUGUUUUAGGGUUCCUUUGCACGAACUUUGAAGUCUCUGAAAUGCAUAUUUGUGUAUUGGGUUCAGGGCUUUUGGAUUGAUUCACUUAUAAAUGAUGGUUUUAUGUUA